GGGGCGGUGCGGCCCGGCUGGUUGGGGGCCGCCCCUUCCGCUGCGGAUCCCUCAUUGCUGGGCCCCGAGGGGAGCUGGAGCACGGCUCUGCGUCUCCCUGCUCCGAGCACAGCUGGACGCUAUGGCGACCCUGAAGGAGAAGCUGAUGACCCCCGUGGCCGCCGUCAGCGCGGUGCCCAGCAGCAAGAUAACGGUGGUGGGCGUCGGGCAGGUGGGCAUGGCCUGCGCCAUCAGCAUCCUCGGAAAGGGUCUUUGUGAUGAGCUUGCUCUGGUUGAUGUUUUGGAAGACAAACUAAAAGGAGAAAUGAUGGAUCUGCAGCAUGGGAGCUUGUUCCUUCAAACUCAUAAGAUUGUGGCAGACAAAGAUUAUGCUGUCACAGCCAACUCCAAGAUUGUGGUAGUAACUGCAGGUGUUCGUCAGCAAGAAGGGGAAAGUCGUCUCAACCUGGUUCAGAGGAAUGUAAAUGUAUUCAAAUUCAUCAUUCCUCAGAUUGUUAAAUACAGCCCCAAUUGCACCAUUCUUGUGGUUUCCAACCCAGUUGAUAUAUUAACCUAUGUCACAUGGAAGCUAAGUGGCCUGCCAAAACACCGUGUGAUUGGAAGUGGCUGCAAUCUAGACACAGCUAGAUUCCGCUACCUGAUGGCUGAGAGACUUGGUGUCCACCCAACCAGCUGCCAUGGCUGGAUUCUAGGAGAACAUGGUGAUUCCAGUGUGGCUGUUUGGAGCGGAGUUAAUGUGGCAGGCGUUUCUCUCCAGGAGUUGAAUCCUGCCAUGGGAACUGACAAAGACAGUGAGAACUGGAAAGAAGUCCACAAGCAAGUGGUUGAAAGUGCCUAUGAGGUAAUCAGGCUGAAGGGAUACACAAACUGGGCCAUUGGCCUUAGCGUUGCUGAGCUCUGUGAGACCAUGCUGAAGAACUUGUGCCGGGUUCAUUCAGUGUCAACACUGGUAAAGGGCAUGUAUGGCAUUGAGAAUGAUGUCUUCCUGAGCCUGCCUUGUGUCCUAAGCGCCUCCGGAUUGACCAGCGUCAUCAACCAAAAGCUGAAGGAUGAUGAGGUGGCUCAGCUGAAGAAGAGUGCAGAUACAUUGUGGAGCAUCCAGAAAGAUCUCAAAGAUAUGUAAUUCACAAGUGUUAAAUUCCAGCAAUAGAAAAACAGCGUGUUGUGUGCAAAUGUGGGCUCUCUACUCACUAUACAUCUCUAUGGUUAACAUUUAAUGCUCUUCCAGACUGAGCUUUUGUCUACAGUAGCUAAACUUAUGCUUGCUGUAACGCACAGACCUUAUGAACAAAUAAAGCAACUUUCAGGCA